AUGGACCGUAAAGGACAAUCGCUUUGGAGGUUUCUCUGUGGAUUUUUUCUUUUAGUCGACAUCACCGUUGCAGACCUCAGCUAUUCUGUUCCGGAGGAGAUGAGACCCGGAUCCAUUGUUGGACAUAUGGCCAGGGAUCUCGGUCUCGAAGUAGUGAAAUUGUCCUCUCGCAAAGCCCGUAUUGAUGCCGAGGAGAAGUACCAACAUUACUGCGAUAUUGAUCUAAAAACGGGAAAUUUUGUCAUGAGGGAAAGGGUUGACAGAGAGGAGCUUUGUGGAGAGAAGGUUUCGUGUCUGCUUAAAUUCGAGUUGGUACUAGAAAAUCCUUUGGAGCUGCACCGCAUUUCACUGCUCCUUCAGGAUGUAAACGACAAUUCACCUGUUUUUCCAAAGGAUAAGAUUAAACUUGAAAUCGGAGAAUCAGCGGUCAAGGGGGCUCGAUAUCGUGUCAACGAAGCACAUGAUGCUGACAUCGGUCAAAAUACAGUGAAACAAUACAGUUUACAGAAAAAUGAACAUUUUGUUUUGUCGGUUCGAGAGGACACUGAUGGGUCUAAGAAUGUCGAGUUGGUGUUAGAUAAAGAGCUCGACCGUGAAAAAGAACACGAUUUAGAUUUCGUGCUAACAGCUGUUGAUGGUGGCAAUCCACAAAGAUCAGGAACAGCUCUUAUACACGUGACUGUGUUGGAUGCUAAUGAUAACGCCCCAGUGUUUGACCAAGCGGUUUAUAAAGCCAGUCUACCUGAAAACUCUGCUGUUGAAACUGUUGUAAUCACAGUAAGUGCCACUGAUGCAGAUGAAGGAGUCAAUGGAGAAGUGACUUAUGAGUUUAGCCGCAUUUCAGAAAAGGCUAAAAAUGUUUUCUCAUUGAACAGUAAAACUGGAGAGAUUAAAGUCAUAGGGCCUCUUGAUUUCGAGAGUGAUUCGAAAUAUGAAAUGCGAGUCGAUGCCAAAGAUGGUUAUGGACUUUCCUCUGACUCUAAAGUGACAAUUGACAUCACUGAUGUUAAUGACAAUCCUCCAUUGAUAUAUCUGAAAUCACUGUCCAACCCAAUACCUGAGAAUGUGUCACCUGGUACAGAGGUGGGCAUCAUUAAUGUGCAGGACAGAGACUCUGAUAAUAAUGGACAGGUCCGCUGCUCCAUUCAGCAAGGCGCCCCAUUUAAAUUAGUACCCUCUAUUAAAAACUACUAUUCUCUGGUGACUACAGGACAACUGGACCGUGAAGUAGUGUCUGAUUACAACAUUACAAUCACUGCCAGUGACGAGGGCUCUCCACCUCUGUCUUCCUCUAAAACGGUCCAGUUAUCUGUAGCAGACAUCAACGACAACCCACCUGUGUUUGAGGACCAGUCAUACAACGCAUAUGUGACUGAAAAUAACAAACCUGGCUCCACUGUAUGUUCUGUUACUGCUCGAGACCCCGACUGGAGACAAAACGGUACAGUGAUUUAUUCUCUGUUAGCUGGUGAGGUGAACGGAGCCCCGGUGUCCUCCUAUGUAUCUGUUAACGGAGACACGGGGGUGAUCCACGCUGUGAGGUCGUUUGAUUAUGAACAGUUCAGAAGUUUUAAAGUCCACGUGAUGGCUAGAGACAACGGUUCUCCUCCGCUGAGCAGCAACGUGACCGUCAGUGUGUUCAUAUCCGAUGUUAAUGACAACUCUCCUCAGAUACUGUACCCCGCCCCGGAGGGAAACUCCUUCAUGACCGAGCUGGUCCCCAAAGCUGCACACGGAGGAUCUCUGGUUUCCAAAGUAAUAGCGGUGGACGCGGACUCCGGACAGAACGCCUGGCUGUCCUAUCAAAUAGUGAAAUCCACUGAUCCGGGACUUUUUAGUAUUGGUGUCCACAGCGGAGAGGUCAGGACACAGCGGGACAUUUCUGAAUCUGACAGCAUGAAACAGAACCUUAUUGUGGCAGUGAAAGAUAACGGACAGCCCUCUCUCUCUGCCACCUGUUCCAUGUAUUUACUUAUUUCUGAUAACUUGGCUGAGGUCCCAGAACUGAAGGAUAUUUCUUACGAUGAGAAUAAUUCCAAACUGACCUCUUAUCUGAUCAUCGCACUGGUGUCUGUGUCCACCUUUUUUCUGACCUUCAUCAUCAUCAUCCUAGGUGUGAGGUUUUGUCGCAGGAGAAAGCCCAGACUGUUGUUUGAUGGAGCAGUUGCCAUCCCCAGCGCUUAUCUCCCUCCUAAUUACGCAGAUGUUGACCCCACAGGAACUUUACGCAGCACUUAUAAUUAUGACGCCUACUUGACAACAGGUUCUAGAACCAGUGACUUUAAGUUCGUUUCAUCUUACAAUGACAACACUCUGCCUGCUGACCAGACUCUGAGGAAAAGUCCAUCAGACUUUGCAGAUGUGUUUGGUGCGUCAGAUGAGUCUCCAGAGGUAGGACACUCACACUUUCAUAAUUACCCUUUAAUGUUGAUUGUGAAAUUACAAUAG